AUGUCCUCAAACAACCUGGCGGUGCUCAGUGCUCUCGACGGUGCACGUACCCAGUUGUACCAUUUCAAGGCGAUCGUGAUCGCCGGGAUGGGGUUUUUCACCGAUGCAUAUGACCUCUUUUGCAUCUCCGCCAUCUCCAAACUCUUAGGCCGUAUAUAUUACACUGAUCUGUCCAGUCCUAAGCCUGGAAAGCUUCCUCAUGUAGUGAACAAUUGGGUUACUGGAGUGGCCUUAGUUGGUACCCUAACCGGCCAGUUAGUCUUCGGAUGGCUGGGAGAUAAGCUAGGGCGCAAGAAAGUUUAUGGCCUCACUCUCGUUCUCAUGGUCGUUUGUGCUAUUUGCUCAGGUUUGUCUUUCGGAAGCAGCCAUAGAGCUGUCAUGGGAACCCUAUGUUUCUUCCGCUUCUGGCUGGGUUUUGGCAUUGGCGGAGACUACCCUCUUUCAGCUACUAUCAUGUCUGAAUAUGCAAACAAGAGAACUCGCGGGGCAUUCAUUGCUGCAGUGUUUGCUAUGCAAGGAGUUGGUAUCAUUUUCGCAGGCCUCGUUUCAAUGAUUCUUUCCAAAAUUUUCCUCAAAUCGUACGGCGGUCCAUCAUACAAAGCGGACCACAAAUUCUCCACUGAACCAGAGGCAGAUUACGUAUGGCGAAUUGUUUUGAUGCUAGGGGCUCUUCCCGCACUUCUCACAUUCUACUGGAGAAUGAAGAUGCCAGAAACAGCUCGUUAUACUGCCAUCAUAGAGGGAAAUGCUAAACAAGCUGCUGCAGACAUGGGUGGAGUUUUAGACGUUGAGAUUCAAGCUGAUCAAGACAAGUUAACACAAUUCAGGUCUGCCAACGAGUACAAAUUGUGGUCAAUGGAGUUUUUCCAGCGCCAUGGACGUCACCUGAUUGGCACGAUGACUACGUGGUUCCUUCUAGAUAUUGCAUUUUACAGCCAAAACCUAACACAAAAAGACAUUUUUCCUACCAUGGGACUUACAAGCGCUGCAGCUGAUGUGAGUGCUUUGAAGGAAAUGUUUGAGACUUCACGCGCCAUGUUCUUAAUUGCCCUGCUUGGGACCUUCCCUGGUUAUUGGGUCACGGUCGUCUUCAUUGACAAAAUUGGUCGGUUCUACAUCCAGCUCGUAGGGUUCUUAAUGAUGUCUAUUUUCAUGCUUAUAAUUGGAGUCAAAUAUGAUUACCUCAACACCAAGGAGCACAAGUGGUACUUUGCAGCUCUGUAUGGAUUAACAUUCUUCUUUGCAAACUUUGGCCCUAAUAGCACCACCUUUGUUCUCCCAGCCGAGCUCUUUCCAACCAGGGUGAGAUCCACCUGCCAUGCCCUCAGUGCAGCAUCUGGCAAGGCUGGGGCUAUGAUCAGUGCUUUUGGAAUACAAAACUACACGCAAGAUGGCAACGUGCACAAAAUUAAGAAAGCCAUGAUGAUUUUGGCCUUCACAAAUAUUCUUGGAUUCUGCUGUACCUUUUUGGUGCCAGAAACAAAAGGUAGGUCACUUGAGGAAAUAUCAGGUGAGGAUGCAGGCGAAAGUGAGGCACAGAUGACCGACAAACCACCUAAAAAUCGACCAGAUGCCUCCUGGGAGUGA